AUGGUCGGUAUCAAUCCGGCUGACAGGGACGCUGACGGUGUCAGCUCAGAAGUUCCCAUUCAGCAAUCUAAUCGGGGCGAACUUGGCUCUUCCCUUGAGGCUUCUUCAUCAACACCCUCCACACACAGCCCGCCAGCAUUAGUAUCAACCCCGUCCAGGAAUUCAACAGCCAGAUUUCGCGACCCUAGCUGGAUGUAUCACCCUACUGGUCAACGUUUCGUUGAGCAGGAGGAGUCGCCUGUGAGAAGCUGGCAUAUGCACUCCGUGCAGAUGAAUGAAGCUCGGCUCCGCGCGAAACACACUUCUUCCCCUCCACCAACCUCCCGAAGUGCUUCCUCCUACCAAUCACCAAAACCUACUGCUGAAGACGAGAUGAAUCAGCGCAUGCGAUCGCUCAGCAUUAACCAGCGUCAGGCAAAUUUGACCAUAGACACCAUCGUCAUAGGCGGUUCUAUUGCUGGUCUCGCUACUGGGUACGCCCUGUCGCGAGUUGGCCAUCGCGUCCACGUGCUUGAAAAGGCACCAAGCAUUGAUCAACGCGGCAUCGGCAUCCGAAUUGCGCCGAAUUGCAGCAAACUCUUGGUCGAGUGGGGUUUGGGGGAGGAACUUUCCAGGCUUGCACAGAAAUGUCGGAAGAGUACCUUUCGUGACAUGAACACCUCCGAAGUCGUGGGCAUCGUAGAAUGGGCAGAGGACAUCAUCCAGGAGGCUGGUGGGGAAUUCUUCCUGAUAUUGUACAGUGACUUGAGACAGCUUCUGUACGAUCUCGCCGUAUCAAACGGAGUGCAAGUGUCAUUGGGCGCGAAAGUGCAGUCGGUAUCAGCUGAUGACACGAAGGAUCAGCCGACCGUGACGUUAGAGGACGGAACAAUACUCUCCGCAGACCUCAUUGUCGGAGCGGAUGGUCAGAAUAGCACGGUUAGAGAAGCCAUCUCCGGAGUGGAGCCUCCAGCGACGGAUAGCUAUGACAGCUACUAUUCUGUUGUGAUCCCAGGAGACCGUAUGAGAGAGGACCCAGAACUCGCUGAAUUCCCAGAUUUAGAAGAGUGGCCCAUGUGGAUGGGUGACAUGAGGGUUGCAUUGGCAUUUGGAACUCGUGGCGGAGACAAAUACUGCAUACAUCUGUACUGGCCGAAUAAGGCAACGACAUACGAUGGACCUGAUGACGAGGGAUGGGAGACAUUCUGUUCACCAGACGUACUGGACCUUUCGAAUUGUGAUCCUCGACUUCAGAAACUUUACAAGAUGGCCGAGUAUUGCAUACGAACUAAAUAUGUUGUCCGACCGCCACCGGACGAAUGGGUACAUGAGAGUGGGAGAAUGGUCUUGCUUGGCGAGGCCGCGCAUCCGCUACUGCCGUGUAGUACUCAGGGCGCUGGAAUGGCCAUUGAGGAUGCGGCGGCCUUGGGUUCAUUGAUGUCUCGUUUGCGCACCUGGGACCAACUACCGAUGCUUUUGAACGCUUUCCAAGAUCUGCGACGAGACCGGUGCAUGGAUGUCGGCCUUACGGAGCUAAACAACGCGACUUUGGUGACGCUUCCACCAGGUCCAACGAGAGACGGUCGAAAUGCUGGCUUCAGGCAGGCCUUGGCGCUACUGCAAAAAGCUGAGGAGAACGGCGAACGAUGGUCGGACGCCCAGUUGAGGGAUCAAUGGGACGAGAUUGGCUAUGUGUUUGCUUAUAAUGCGCGGGAUGCCGCAGAGGAUUGGUGGGUAGAGUGGGGCGCGUUGGGAGAGGGCAGCAAGGCUAUGAUGAUGCACGACCCGCUGAAUCUCUCGUUUUCGAUAAUGACGGAGACUUCAUCAGCGGAGCCUUUGGCAACCCAGAUCAUGGCCAUGGGUUAG